GAGGUAAUUUUUUUUUUUAACGGCCUGUCGGCCGGACUAACUAACCGUCCCGAUAUGGCAUUUUCAAAUCCUGGACCCCCCUUGGGCAUUGGCAAUCAUUGCUUCAACUCGAUUGGCGUACAUUACAAAGGAAAAUACGUCCAAGCCACAGUUGUCGACAAAUGCAUGGGAUGUGGUCCGAAUGACAUUGAUCUUUCUCCGUCCGCGUUCUCUGUACUCGCUCCUGAGUCCAAGGGUCGCAUUCCAGUCACCUGGAACUACUUAUAG